GCUGUUGCAGUCACUCAGGUGUGUCUGGGCCAGGCAAGAAAAGCCUCAAUGUUCUCAGACUGCCUGGUGAUAGUAGACCAUUUCCAGCCUUACUGAUGAAAUGGGAUUAGAUUACUACGAGGUACUCCAGGUACCGAAGACUGCGUCUGAUGAUGACCUUAAAAAGGCCUAUAGGAAGUUGGCGAUGAAAUGGCAUCCAGACAAGAAUCCCACCUGCAAGACGGAAGCCGAGGCGAAAUUUAAGGAGAUUUCUGAAGCAUACGAGGUAGUACCGAGUUUCUGUCCUUGCUGUCGUAGUCCGCUUAGAUUGUUGUUCAAGGUCAGGACUCAUUCACCCUUUCCCUUCCUGGCACAGGUCCUCAGUGAUUCUCAGAAGCGAGCAGUGUAUGAUCAAUAUGGGGAGGAGGGACUCAAAGGACAAGUACCCCGCCAAGCAACUCCGAGUCAGCCAGGAACAUCGAACGCUCCUUCUUCCAGCAUCCCAAAUCCUCACACUAACAGAUUUAAUCCGCGAAGCGCGGAAGACAUCUUUGCAGAGUUUUUUGGGAAGAACCCAUUUAUGUCAGAAAGCGGUAGCUUCAGAGGCUCGAAGUCUGGUUCCCCUUAUCCUGGCGACUAUUAUGGAACACCAGUACAAGAACCGUCGGGGCAUAGCCAUUACGUGGACCCUAGCUCCCCAGCACCUAAGAAAGGUGCACCUGUAGAGAACCGACUGGUCUGCUCCUUGGAAGAGCUUUACUCAGGGUCGACGCGGAAAAUGAAGAUCUCUCGAAAUAUUGUUGAUACUACUGGGAAGAUCACCCCGGUGGAGGAGAUAUUGACGAUCAAUGUUAAACCGGGAUGGAAAAAAGGGACGAGAAUCACGUUUCCUGAGAAGGGGAACGAGCAGCCAGGUCUCGUUCCGGCAGACUUGGUUUUCGUCAUUGAGGAGAAGCAGCACGAGGUCUUCAAGCGGGAAGGCAUUGACCUUGUGUGCACCCAAAAAAUCAGCCUUGCGGACGCCUUGCUUGAUUACACGUUGAACUUGACAACCCUGGAUGGGAGACAGCUUUCAGUUCCCCUCAGUGAAGUAAUUCAUCCCGGCUAUGAGAAGGUGAUUCCCAGGGAGGGGAUGCCAGGAAAGGAGUUUGGUAAGCGUGGUAACCUUAGGAUUAGGUUCGAUGUUAGAUUCCCUUCUAAGCUGUCUGCAGAGCAGAAGAUGGUAUUGGCUCAAGUCUUCCCUAGAGAGUAGCGUUUUAGGUCGUGAUGGUGGGUAGCAUAGCGUCACUAGUUAGCUAGAACCUGUUAGCUUGAGUUGCAGUGUCCAUGUAUUGUAGCAGAAGCACGUAAAAGGGCUCAAGAGGCCAUUGUGCAUGCGUUUGUAUGUAUUAAAUGUUGUCUAGUACAGCAUGUUGGUUGGUGGUGGCUUUGUUGUUUGAAUGUUU